GAAAAGUGACAUAAAAAAUAGAAAACAAAGAAAAAAACACAGGGAAAAGCGAUUGUGGCAUUUCCGUGAAAAAUUCCAUUAAAUCCGCUCACCAAGUGCUUCGAGUGACCAAAGAUUCGGUGCAUUUGCUGCCUCAAAUGCCCCACUAGAACGUGGACACUGUGAUAGUUGCAUAAAUUGCGGGUUGGAAGCCCUAAAAGUGCGCAUUUCUGUGACAUUGCGAGAAUGGCUGGAGUCGGUGCAUCCCAAGGAUUUGGUAGCCGGAACAGUUCCGGAAAGGAGAAACGCUUCUCCAUUCACGAUGCAUUCGAGGAGGAGACAGAUGAGGCAAUUCGUGUGUACGGGUCAACGGUGAUAAGUACGCCGAUGAGGUCAAAAACGAGGUCAACGGACGACGUCUCAAUUCGGGUGCAUGAUCAAAGGAAUAUGAAAUAUCCAGAUGACACAACCUCCCGCGAUAGUGACUCCCUCAUUCAGGACUACGGCACCCUGUCGUCGGGCGAGUCGUACACCUACUGCUGGCGACAUCCCAAAGUCCGGGAAAACUGGCGAACCGUCCUGGCAGCUGUUACCCUCCUAAUUGUGGGUACGGCCCUCGUUGUGAUUGGCACGUAUGCCGUGGCGAAGCCCUCAAAUGGCUCCCAAGGUGCUGUCUUCUUUGUCGCUGGGUUCAUUUGCUUCAUCCCCGGCGCCUACCACGUCGUCUACAUCUGGCUGGCAGCUCGUGGCUAUCGUGGCUUUGAUUUCUACCACCUACCCCUAUUCACAUAAACCCCCUCCCUCCCCGCCAUGCCCCGAAAUCCGCGUGUGCGCGCUACCUACCCGCCAGCGAUGCUUUAAAAAAGCCUCCCGGAUUCCCCAAAAACCUGCCCCUCUUAUCCUUUGAAGAAAAACAAACAAAAUGUUUCCCGGUACAGCAAUCGCGCGUCGGUGGUUCCAAGUUAUCCGGAGAGAGCGAGCUCAACGGAAGUGUGCCAUUAAAAUUCGUGCUCUAAAUUCGCGUUUUAUCAGCAAAAACGAUCGGAAGUUUCGUUUUUCUUUUUUAGUUUUAGAGACACAAAUUACACCAUGCAGCAAACUUUUGUUCUCCACAAUACUAAACUUACCUGUAUGAUGAGGAAAGGUUGUGAAAAGAAACUUGCGGCAACGUUUUAGUGCUAGGACAAUUAAGGGGGUUCUCUUUUGAGAUCUCGUGAAAUUAAAUGUUUUUAUUUUUCUUGGGGCUUUUCUUAAACUUGGUUUUCAAGUGUUGGUCACAUUUAAAAACUUAUUAUUGAAGAGUAACAAAAAUUACUUUCCGCCAUCUUGUGAUUUUCCUCAAAACACAAAGGUAGGUAUUUCUCAGGAUCUACUGGAUGGAUUUUGAUGGGGUAAAAAGCAAAUGAAAAAGGAAGCAUUAGCGGUGAAUGUACCGGAAUGGAUUUUUGAAUUUCCACUCAGAAGUUGGGAAAAGUCAAUAAGAAUACUUGUCUACUUUUCUCAGCUUCUGAGUCGAAAGUCAAAAAUCUAUUCCGGUACAUUGUCAGCUAAUGCUUCCUCUUUCAUUUGCUUUUUACCCCAUCAAAAUCCAUCCAGUAGAUCCUGAGAAAAACCUACCUUUGUGUUUUAGGGCAGUUCUGUAAAGAAGUCGAAAAAUCUCAAGAUGGCGAAAAGUGAUUUUUUUACACUUCAAUAAUUAGGCUACUAAUGUAACCAACAAAAAAGUAUGUUUAAGAAAAACCCAAGAAAAAAUGAAAACAUUAAAAUGUGUAAAUUCCAAUAAUUUGCCCAAGAGACCACCCUUAACUCCUUACAUGGAGUUAAUAUUAUAAAAAUUAUUAAGUCCUUUUGCAAUUAGGUUCAUUAUAUUGAGAUCUCAUUGAAUAUCCUUUCUAGAGGACCUUUAGAGCACUUUAUUUUAUAUUCUGACAUUUUUAAAUUAGCACUAAAUUAAUAUUUUGCACGUUAAUUAAUAUAAUUCUGUCUUUUAGAUUAAAGGAAAUAAAAUUUUUACCAAAAGAAAAUAAAAUUUAAUAAAAUAUGUAUAGGAAUUACAUCUUUAAAAUUUUAAGAAAUUUAUAAAGAAUUUUGAAAAAAAAAUCAUCUCGGAAUUUCCUAAAAUGGGUUUUCAAAAUCAUCCUUAGAUUAAAAACAAAAUUAUAUAUUUUUAAUAAAAAAAAAAUUAGGGGAAAUAAGGAGUUUUUUAGUCUAUUAAAGAGCAUAAACCUUUUUUUCUAAUUAUUAAAUUAGGCUUUAGAAAAAACGAGAUUUAAAAAAUAACAACUUUCAAACAAAUUUUCACAUCAAACGUUUAUAAAGCAGCGUCAAUUGGUUUUUCAACCUAUUUUUAACGUUUUCAAAAUUUAAAGAAAAUCAUAAAUUUCCUGCAGGAAUAGAUUUCUAGGCUACGCCUCUGAAACCUUUUUAAUUCUUCAUUAAAUUAAUAUUUCUGAUGCUCUUUGUAAUUUAAAAAAAAAAAGAAAUAUUGUUUAAUUAUAAGAGUCGAUUCUACAGAAAUUCUUAUUUGUAGAGCUGAGAAAAAAGAAUAAAAAAUCGCUAAAGGAACAUUCUAUUUUCAACUGCAAUUAAGUUGUUUUUAAUCUCUUUCUAACGUUGAUUUUUUAUUUGUAAAUGCUUUAAGUCAGACUUAAAAAGCAAUAAACUGACGUUAUUAAUUCCAAUUUUAAAUAAAAUUUUGCCGAUUUUUUUCUAACUGAUUUCAGUGGAAAAUGAGAAAUUGUUUUUGGCAAUUUAUCGGAUCUGUGAAAUCUUACUAUUUUUUACUGAAUUAAAAUAAAAACAUUGAAUCUCACGAAUAUCAAGAAGAAAAAGAGAAUAAUUUUAACAGAAUCGACUUGUAUUUUCAAAAGAAAAACCUUUGUGUCUUUGCUAGUCUUUAAAAAAAACGAGAUUUUCUUUAUAUUUAAACAUUCUUUUUACCUUUGCCCUUUUGGCUCAUUUUUCUUGUAAAAAACAUGAAAUUUUUAAAUUAAAAAAUUAUGCUAUGAAUUAGGAAAAAAAUAAUAGAAAUUAUUUAUCCUAAAAAAUGACCGCAUUUCUUUAAAAAAAAACUCCAACAAAAUAAAAAAAUUGUAAAAAUCAUUGCGUGAGAACAAAAAUAUUGCUGUCUGGUGGUAUGAUCUCUUUCAUUUCUUCAGUCUUCAACAUUUAUAGAAAAAUUUCGCUAAAUGUUUCGCGCGAAGAAGCGAAUGAGGAGGGAAAAGAAUGUGGAGGAAAACAAGAGAGAAAUGGUUUUGUAGAAAUAUAAUUUAUGCACCUGAGACUCGAAAGACUUGAAUAAUAAAUUUAGUGCAGUUUUGACGGAAUCGAGGACACGCGAUGCAAAGUUCGACUGAAAACUCAAACGUUGAGAAUGAAGAAAAAGAAUCUAUCAAGUUUAUUUCUUUUUUUCUUUCUUUCUUUAAGUAUAAAGAAUUUUUUUUUUACGUUGUAAGGUCAUCCCCCAUAAUGUAUUUAAUAAUGUGGUUCGUAGAAGAGUGUGUGAGUUAGGUUACAUUUUACGUACAUUUGUAUGUAAAGUAUCAUGCAAUUUGUAUUCUUUGUAUUUUUCAUGAUAAAAAAAAUGAAUAUUUUAUGUAAAAUACCCUGUUGAGUGAACAAAAUUUUAUUCAUGUAAAAAAUUCUUUUUUUCCCCAUGAGAUGGUUCUUCAAAUUAAAAGAUUUUGAAGAAGAAAAAAUGCAUUUAUAGUUUUUUUUUUUAAAUAAAAGAAGGAUAAAACCUACCCUAGAUUUUAACAUUCGAAAAAAAUCACUUUCACAACAAAUUCUUGCUUCUCUUUAUACUCUGAAAAACUCCCGUUUGCACCUGUCCAGCUAACAUUGCCACAGUGGAAAACACUACAAAAUAUGUGCGAUAAAUAGGACGUGCAAUCGGGAAAAUCUGCUUUUAAUUCAACAUUCAGCUGAAUUAAUUAUUCUUCUCCUUCUUCAUAAAGGCAGAUUAAUGUGGCUCGUGGCCUCAUAUAUCUAUUUUUCAUGAUAAAAAAUUUUUAAAGUCCAAAUAAAGUGAAUUCAUUCACUAUUUUUACCAAUUUUAGACAAAAAAUAUCAAAAGUGGCCUGUUUGGUCAGAAAUAUAUUUUUCCUUUUUAUUUCUUAUAAUUUUGAAGAAAAAGGAUUUUCUCUUUGGUAUUUUGUGAAAAAGAAUUGUAAGAUUUAACAGAUUUAAAAAUUUAGUACAUUUAGACCUUUUAGCAAAGACACAUUUGUGGUAUAAAAGUAUAACUUUAAUUCUGUGUCUUAGCAAGAGACAGAAGAAAAUAUUUUUUACAAAAACUAUUAAAAAAAUUGUCAAUUUUCGAUGAAAGAAUGUUAAAAUUUGACAAUCAUAAAAUUGCCAAUUUUAGACAAGAAAUGUCAUAAUUGUGGGUUCGUUAUUAGGUUUUUUUUAAUUUACUUCUCAGAACGGAGUUAUUAGAUUUAUUUUUAGUAUUACGUGAAGAAUAAUCCAAAAAUCAAACAAAUUUAAAAUUUAGUACACUUUUAGAUUUUUUUAUUUUAGACACAUUUGUGCUGUAAAAAACUAUAAAGUUAACUUCUAGCAAAACGGAAGAAAUAGAAAAUAUUUUUAAGAGAACUUUACAAAAAAAAAACAAUUUUCGACGAGAAAUGUCAAAAUUUGACAGAAAAUCCUUCAAAAUGACAUGAAAAUUAAAAAUUUUAAAUAACAGACAAGGUCGAUUGUGUUGGCUAAAACAUUUUUAAUUUUUUUAUAUUCGUUGUACUUAUUAUUCAAACAGUUCUAAGAAUAAAUAAAAAAUAAUCCUAGAAUUGUUUUAUUAGAAAAAAAAAUACAGAAAAUAUUUGUAGUCCAAAUGUGUCUUUGCUAAGUAGUCUAAAAGUAUGUACCUGCUAAUUUUUUAAAGACUUAUCUCUCCUUUUAAUAAUUUUUUUUUAAUAAAUCGUAAUUUCAGAAAUUUUAAGGAUAAAAUGAAUAAAAAAAGCAAAAAGAUUUUUAUUAAAUUAGACCAAAAUGUUUAAUUUUUUUUCCUGAAGAUCCAUCUCAAACCUUCAAAUCUUCUAUUAUACCUACAUGUAAUUCAGUUGGUUUGCAAUGAGAAUGUAGAGAAGCAUAAAAAUGACUUAAAUUAUAUACAUUAGUAUACUAUUUCCGAGUUAUUGCAAAACAUUUCAAUAAAGUUUGCUCCCUGCAAAAAUUUGUGAAAAAAAACUGAUCCGCAACUCUUUUGUACAUAAGAUGAAAAGAAAAUAAAUAAAGCAAAAGUAACCCCUCAA